AGCAGACUUUUUUUCUGGUUGUUAACUUCCCCCGCCAACCCAAAGUGAGUCACCUCGAGCUCAAUAACCCUACUUUGUGUGUCGAAUAUCGCGGUGCAGAACCCGCCAAGCCUAAUUAAUAUUCCGUAUGUUGUACGCUUGAAAAGAGCAUAAUUCAUUUAGCAUUCAUACGGGGUACGUAUUAUAGAGAGACUUUUCAUUCAUCAUCAUCGUCACCUUGAUGUGUGUUGUGUAUAGUUAUGUGCAUCAAAAGCACAGUAGGCCGUUUUGGUGGGGCAGAAAACGGUGCGGAGGUAGCAUGGAAGCGUCGUUGGUCGCGACAUUAGUAGGCAUUGCGCCUGUCAACUCCGUACACCACCAACUGUACGGUACGGUUGCCACUAGCAACAGUUGGUGGGAGAGAGCCGAAAAACUGUUGCUUUUGUGUUGAGCUGCUGCUGGUGUGUGGGAGAGCGAGCUUUGACUUUGUUAUUUUUUAUUUUGGGGAAAAUGGGAAAUUAUGAGAGAGAGCGAGAGAGCGGAGCUUUUGGUCUAGAUAAGUUUGAUGAUGUUUUGAUGCUUGCUCACGUGCAAACUGUUGCAUUUUUGUUUGGUAGUUUAAUUUAUUACGAACAUUUCUAUAGCUAGUUUGAAACAUUGAAAUCAUUGAGUUUUUUUUGUUGUGAUAAUUCGCACAAUAAAAUUUCAAAAAUUAUAAUGGGUUUAGCCUGAAAAAUAAACGGCUAAAUAAAUUAUGUUGGUCUUUAUAAAAAUUAAAACGAGCUUUGAAAAUAAAACAUUUUGUCCAUUGCAAUGGAUCUCGUAUCUGAGAUAAAAACUCACCCGACCUAAUCAGGCCCGAUAUCAUCGCUUGAAAAAAUAUCUCUUAUCAAUCUCCAAAUUUCAAACGUCUCAGCUGUGCGCGCUCUGUCCUUGUCCGCUGGGCUCAGUCUGUACUUAGCCACUCAGAAGUUUGAACCAAAAAUUAAUCGACCACCACCUCAAGCCAAUCCCCAGAUUGGGCUCUGUCAUGUGAUAAAAUUUUCUCGUUCGAUUUUUGCUCGUAAAAAACCCAUCUUCCCCGUAACAAAAUGGAACAACGAACCCCGUUGGCCGAGCGGAAUCGCCGCGCCAAGAUGCGCUUCCUGGCCGGGAUCAAGAAGCAUUACGAGGCCAAGCGGCAGACGUCGAUGGAAUCGCUCAACUCGACGACGGCGGAGCCCAAGAAGGUGGACCUGACCGUUCCGGGAACGCCCGUGUCGUCACGUUAUUUGAGUACGCUUUCGCGGCCGGAGUCGGACACGGAAAUGGACUCGGCGAAGGGUGAGACUGAGCUGCCGAACGAGAUCGUCGUCAGCAGCUUGGUGAUUGAUCGGUUCCUGAAGGACAUGAAGGGGUUGGGGGUGGAGGAGCAAGCGCAGGUUGAUGGUGAGGAGAAGGACGGUGGAGAGGAGCUGGGGGAGACGGCACAGGAGUACUUUAAGGAGUCGGAUCAGCAACGGGCGUACCAACGAUCGUUCAGCAAGGCCGCUCAAACGUUGCACACGGCUGAGGUGAAGAGUCCGGUGGUGAAGCGGUAUUUUGAGGAGUCAUCCGCCAAACAGAGUUACAGUCGGGAAUUUAGUGAGGCCGUCAACGAGCUGGACCCGGUGAAGGUUAAGGAGGAUCCCUUGGUGGACGAUUCCAAGUCGGCGACGCGAGGUUACAAGUCGUCGGUGCCGGGAACGCCCAUCAGCUCGAAGCUGUUGCACAAGUUGAAGAACUCGAAUUACAUAAGUGACUCGUCGGAUGACGAAGGGGACGGACCGAAGAGUUCGACGGCCCUGGCGGAUCCACUGGAUAAGUUUAUCAAAGAUAUGGAGCAGUUGAAGGCGCUGAAAGAGAGCAACAUGGCCAAGAUCGAGAAGCAGCCGUUGAUUGACUUCUCCGUAGACGAGUACUUGGAAUCAUCGAAGGAGGCCAAGACGUACGCGAGGUCGUUUUCGCAAGCAGUGCAGACAUUGAACGCGAGUGAAGUCAAGAACCCGGUGAUCAAGGACUACUUUGACCAAUCGGAGGAGAUGAAAACGUUUAGGCGGGAAUUUUCCGAAGUGUACCAGGAGUUGAGCGAAAAGCCUACGUCUACUAAGGUAGAUGCAGUGGAAAAGAAGGUGGAGAAGGUCGAGCGGAAGUUGGAGACAAAACCUGAUGAGGCUCAAGAGAUAUUGAAGCAAAUUCUGGAAACAAAGUUUGAACCGCCCAAGUUGGAAAAGCGCGAGUUCAAGGACGACUUUUCCGUGGAUGCCUACUUGGACACGUCCGAGACGAAGAAGACCUACGCACGCACCUUUUCGGAAGCGGCGCAAACGCUGCACUCGAGCGACGUGAAGAAUCCGGCCGUCCGCGAGUACUUUGAUCAGUCCGAGGCGAAGCAAUCGUUCCGUCGAGAAUUCUCCGAAGUUUAUCAGGAGGUGUUGAACGUAACCGAGUUUGCACGUGAUGUUGUGGCAGAAAAAAGUGCAACCGUUAGCACAAAGACAACGGCAUCAUCUGACCAACAGCAGGAGCAGGAGCCUCAACAGGCUAAAGAUAACGAACAAAGCGCGAAAUCAAUUUCACGCUCCGGUGGCGAUGAAGAUGGAUCAGCACCAGCUCCCGACUCGGAGCUUGCCCAGUAUAAGCGAAGCGUAUCCGUUCCCGGUACACCGAUCAACUCGAGAAAGCUAUUCCCGAAACAGCAACAACAACAACAACAACAGCAGCAGAUGCGCGACGGUGCAAAGCAAUCAGAUAAUGCCAACAACAACAACAACAAUGGUGCUUCUUCAGCUGCUGGCGUCGUCCCGAAGAACCGUGCCCAGUCUGCUACCGCCGAUUGCAGUUUGGAGAAGGAGUUUUGGAAGAAAUUUGGUGCUUCGGAAAUUUAAUGUCUUUCAUUGAUUGUUAUUAAUAAAGUAUAAUUAUGU